GCGUGUUUGAAACCACAGCUGUCACUGCGCUGUUACUGAGGCAACAAAAACAAAACGGACAAACUCACGGUUGGUGUUUAUUCGGAGUGAAUUUGCAAAAACUUUAAUCUUCACAAUAUUUCUAACAAGCACAACACUUUUAUUUCCAUAGGCAUUUUACCUUUUUUUAAAAAGUUUUCAGAAAGAGUAGGGUGAUGAUAAACUGUUUCAUGGAUUUUGACAGGAAGUGACUUUGAAACAAAGAGGCUUUUUGGCACCAUCUGCAGUUUUUAACAAAGAGGAUGGAACAAAACAUUGCUGAUUUGCUGAAAGAUGCAUUUUCAGAAGUUGAUAUAGACUUUGAUCAUCUACAGUUCGAGGAGGGUGCUAACACGUCUCGAUUACAGCUAGUCAUGGAUGAGGAGAUUGAUCUGAAAGAUGCCAGUAAACUCUGGCCGACAUCUGACCAAAGUUUAGUUGAGACCUUGUCUAGCGUUUACAAACAAGAAGAGAAUGAAGAUAGUACCGAUAGCAGCGAGGAGAGCACAUCAAGUAAUCCACCCCAUGUAGAGACAGGAUGUGCACUUUGUCCGUCUCAAGAAAUGGACUCUGAUCAGUUUGCAGAAAAGACAACGAUUGAAGCGCAACAAGUUAACCAGGCAAAUGAGGAGUGCACUGUAGAGGAACAGAGCAUUCAAAGUGAAGAAGAAAUAGAUGUUUCUAUGCAUGAAUUCGUGCCUGAUGUCAGCAUCUUGGAAGAAGGAGAGGAUCUCAGUCAGGACGAAGAACUUCCUUUGGAAUCUGUUGAGGAUGAAGGAACAUCCAGUGCAGAAUAUCCGCAACUUUAUGGAAGAAACGUCAUCAGGUCUUGCGCCCAGUGAGAUGCCAGAAGAAAGGUCAUCAGGGUCAGAUGAAGAAGGGCCAGAGAACUGCAGCACAAGAGAACAAACUUUUCAGUGCGACUCCAAUGGCAAUAUGGAUGAACCUUUUACUGCCAUAAAGCCAAAUAUGUCUGCAGGGUACCGUGCUGGAGACGAUCUGAGAGAGUUUACAGAGGAGGACCAGGAACAGAUUGAGGAAAGCCUUGCAGAUUACCCUUCAGACUUAUCUCAAAGUGAAACUGAAGAGUGUGCAGAAAGUGCUAGGGACCAGCUGUCCACACUCUUGGACAGCAGUUUGGGUCUAAGCAAUGAUCAAUUAAACAAGACGAAAGAUUUAUCCCAUGCAGAAGAAGACAACUUGCAAGAGGAAGACAAACCAAUGGAUUUUACCUCCACUGACAGUGAUAGCGAGAUUAAGGAACCAGAAGUUCAGACAAUAUCAGAAGCAGCAGACGUGGAUGCAUCCUUCCAGAGUGAGAAUGCUGAUGAGGAUGAUGUUGAAGAAUCUCUAACAAAUGAUAGCAGUACAGAGGAAGACACCAGGAACCAAGGAAUGGGAGAUGAAAGAGAUGCAAGCAAUGGUAAUAAUCAAGAUCAACCAGACUAUGAUAGUGACAUCAGUAGUGACCACAGCACAAGUCAAGAGGAGAAUCCUGGGGGAUAUGUGAGGCAUGAGGAAGAAUUGAAAUGCAACAUACAGCAGAAUGACUAUAUAGAGGACUUGGGCAGAGCUGAUCUUGACAUUGAUUACAUAGGGAUAGAUACAGAAGAUAAAGAUGGUAGCAACCCAGAGAUGGAUAGCGACUUCACCAACGCAAGCUCUUUCUCAUAUACAGAGUACUGUAACAAAGAACCCAAUGAAGAGCCCACUGAGUUACACCCAACAUUACAAUCAGUCCAACUGGAUCCGACCAUCAAAGAACAAGAUGUACCCCUAGCAGAGGUUUUAAACAGUGUGAGAGAUACCAACACCUUAAUCUCUGAGGUGUUUUGGUCCUCAGAACUAUUAAUGAGUGAAAAUGAGCUGCUCCUAGAUGAGUAUGACUGGGACUUGACUGGACAACAGCAGCUUGAGGUGAAUGUAGGUGAAGAAGAAAACCAAGAGGACGCAGAAGAAGCCCUGGAAGAGUUAGACAGUGAUGACGAUGGGGAAGAGAAAGCACGGGACUGGGAGCAGGAGAAAACAAGGAUUGAGGCAUUUUAUAGAUACUAUGAUCAGGAUGAGCCAGAGGAAAAAGCAGACAGGAAUCAUAAGGUUACCUUUUGUCUGGAUCAUGAAUCGUCUGAAUAUGAAGAGGAGUCUGAGAGUAGUGAAGAGGAACUGGACAAGGACCCUGACAUACCUCCUACUACAAUAAAGCCUGAGUACCACAGUGAGUCAGAUGAUGAACUGCAGGAGAAGCAUUUCAUCCCUGAGAAGCCAAAGCUUCAACCAAGAGAGCAGCAACCUGUGAGCCCUACGCAGAAUGCAAGCCCUCCGAGGAACAAGUGUCUUGCUGUGCUGAAGUCAGUUUUAGCACUGGGCCUGGUGACGGCGAUGGGCAUGGUGUCAUUCUGGUGGGCUACAGACAAUCUGGAGUGGAUACGCUGAAUUCACACCUUAACAUUUCUGCCUGUGCACUGAUAAAAAGACAACAGUAGGAUGGAAGAAUCAAUAUCAUACUCAAAAUAAGAUAUUCUGCCUUUUGGUGUAGGUGUAAAUAUACAGAAAGGGCCAUGGAAUGUUCUCUGAAAUUUUAGAGCAAAGUGUGCCUUAUUGAUCCUUGUAAAACAGACAGCUGAUGAGUCAGUUGAGAUUAAGCCAAUUUUAUUUCCUUACAGAUUACAACCUUCCAGCAUGCUCUAAAACAGUCUUUUUAAAGGUGAAAAAAGAUUUCAGUCUCACCAUAAUGUAAAUGCUUCAUGUAAUUAUUGUUAUUAUCUUCAGUGUUGGCAUCAAGGAAAACAGUUGAAUGCAGAGAUGCUUUUCAUCACUGUUUCUUUAAUUUCUAUAGGCACAAUCUUGUGUUACCAUCAUCAAUUAAGUCAGGCUCCUCUAAACAUGCCAUGCAGUUGGUGUAAUCAGGGGGACUGAAUAUUGUGAGGCACCAUUUUUGUUACUAAAGCGUAAAGGUGUCUUGCUGCAAGAUACCAUUUCAGUUCAACUAAAAUGCAUUGCAUGUGAAAACAUCUUUUGACUUCAUGACCCUUAGCCAUCACGUUCAUCGAAUUCAGCUUAAUCCUUUCAUAUUUCCUUACUGGUCAGUGCUUUGUCUUCUUAAAGGAGCUAAACAUAGGUUUAAGGAAUUAAGAUGCUUUUGCUUGCAGAAUCAUCUAUUUUUGUUUGCAACACAAGCUAAGUUUCUAGCGAGCAAAAUGAGCUAAAGGCAUUUGCCACAAUAAACACCGCUAGGUUAUUCGGAUGAAGGUACCAUGAGAGUUUGACCAGAAAAGGACUUUCAAUAAAGUACAUUUAGUGACUAGUGAUAACCAAUGACUCAGAUGUUUAUAAAGAUUAUAAAAUGCAUGUAAACUGUAAAAAUCUUACCUGUAAUUUCUAUUUGGACCAAUAAAAAUAAAUGAAAAGCCAUGUUCA